AUAAGCUAAACUACAUAUGCUUGCGCUCAAAGCAGAGAUUUUAGUCGCGUGCUGUCGUGCUGUAAUAACGGUUUUAGUUAAGUGUGUUGGAGGUGGUAUUAAAGAAAAAUAGUAAAAUAAACUUCAAAAUAUUUUAAUUUCAAUAAUAACGAUUUUUAGUUUCCAUACCAUUUCUAUACGAAAUAUUACAAGAUGAGAGCCAAUAAUGGUCGAAUAUGGGGUAAAUUUAAUAACGAUGAAUUCGAAGUGAGAAGUUUAACUGAAUCGGAUUUGGAAGAAGCUUUAGAGAUACUAGAUAAGUCAUUCUUUUUGCACGAGUCCAUUUGCAUAGCCUGCGAAAUCAAUCUGCCGGAAAAUGCGCAAGCGCGUGCCGAACUUCGCGAACUAUGCCGCAUAGCAGCAUAUGACGGUGUAUCGUUGGUAGUCAAGCACGUGGAGAGUGGAAAGAUAGUGGGAGUUGCGUUCAAUAAAAUACAAUACAUACCGCCGAAGGGUGAAGAGCCUUUCUUCAUACAAUUCCGCAACGAGCACACAAAAUCACCACAAGCUCAGGGCCUUAUGGACUUUAUGAUCGAGGUAGAUUCGGAGAACGAUGUAUUUGAGCUAUAUAAAAUUGACACGCUCCUGGAGUUUAUGUUCCUUUCAACUUUGCAAGAAUGGGGUCGUCGUGGUAUCGGAAGACAAUUAUCGCGUUACACCGUACAGUUGGCGCGUGAGCUCUCCGAAGGCAUUGGUGUCAAUGAAAUGCAUCCCCAACUACGCGAUAAGCGCCCCAAAGCUGUGACUGCAAUCUUUACUUCCUUUUUCUCACAAAAGGCUGGUCGUUCGCAGAAUUUCAAAGUGAUCAACAGUGUGCCCUAUACACGCUUUACCUAUAAUGGUAAAACAUUCGAUCAAUCUAUUAAUCCCAUACACAAAACAACAGAACAUGCUGUGUUUUUGUUGUAAAGUAAGAAUAAACACAGUUGCAGUAUUGAUUUGACUUAGAAUGGCUGGUGUGCAUUUUAUUUGAAAGAGAUAUGAUUUGGUAAAAUACAGAUAACCAAAGAGCUAUUUUUAUGAUUGAAACGCUAUUGCACUAGGCCGUUGUCCAAUAAUUAUUAGCAGUAAAUCAUUAUCGUUUUCUGAGUUACAUGUAGUACUUGUAUAACUUAGCACAAAAACCGAUUUUAAUGGAAAGUCAAAUAAAGCCAAGAUUAAAAAGUUG